UCUCAUGUCAUGUCUAAUAACAAUCAGAUUUCAAAUAAUAAAUCAAUUUAAAUAAAACCAUUCAUUUGGACGACAAGUCAUUCAUAUAUUUCUCCACUUUUUAAUAUUUAUAUAAUUUUUUCAUUCAAUUUAUUAUUAAUUUUUUAUUGAAAUAUUUUUAGUACUUAUUAUUCAAUUGUUUUGUUUGUAUAAAAUCCGUGUGUUUUUAACGUCAAAACCCAAUUAUACACCCGUUUUGUUAAUUCAAUGAAUGCCGUAAAAGAGAUGUCUUUGACAGCAAAUGUGGCAAACAUUUGGUUAUGAAAUGCAUUCAUAAUCUGUUGAUAACAUCAUUACUCCUAUUAUUGCUAUUUAUUGACACAAAGAGCAGAAACACCGGUCGAUCGAGCGAUGUCUUCGUCUUCACCACAAUCUCUGACAUCCAUUGAAUUGAUCACAAGAGAGACGAAGACCAAGAAAGGCAUGCAUUCGUCGGCUAUUAGUCCGUCGAUGUCUGCCAUGUCUUCGGGC